AUGCUUGCGAACCAAUGCAUUCAUUCACGCCUUCCAUUAAUCGCUGUUUCUGAUGCCUCUAACGCUGUUCCCCCUCGUCCCCGACUACCGCAACAGGCGCCGCUCAUGGCGGCGGCGGCGGCGACGGCGACAGCGGCCGUGGGCGCGGGGGUGGCGGAGGACGCGGGAGCGGUGGUGGCGAGGCUGAACGGCACGGAGGUCACGAGCGCUGCUGGCGAUGAGAAUGCGACGGGGGUCAUUUCGCUUGCCGUCUUCCAGAGUGGCAGCGACUACAACAUUCGCUACGGUGCCAGCAUCCGCCUGACCGCCCCCGGAGCUCCCCUCUCCAUCGCCAUCCGCACCGGCGCUGCCGGCUCGGCAGACAGCGGCGCGGCCCUUCUCGAGUUCUCCGCCACCGAAGCAGCGUGGGCCAACCUCACUUGGAACGGCACCCGCAGGGACCCCCGCGGCCGCAGGCAUGCCGCCCCUAUUCCGAAAUACUUUGGGUUUUUCAGCCCGGGUGUUCCGUCCGGUUACGUGUAUGGGUUCUCUGGGGUUUGGUAUAAUGCCACGCAGUACAGUAACGCGGCCGGGCAGAGCUAUUUCGAGGUGGCGAAUCUGCUCUUGGCGAAUCCGAGUGGGUACUUUGGGAUUGUGAAGACGGAAGCGUUUGCGGAUGGAGCCGCCCGCGGGCAGUUUGCAAAUUUCACCCGCCCGACCCCCGACACAUUCUGGCAGCGCAACUAG